GCGGGCUGCGGCGCUGGGAGCGCUCCGCGGUUGCCUCCCCGCAGCCCAUGAUGUGCCUGGAAAGCGACGGCUCCUCCGGCAGCAGCCCCGGCUGCGGCGGGCGGCUGCGAGCCGGGGACGAAGAGGAGGAGGAGGACGGCGAGCGGGGCUGCUGCGGCCGGGGCGCUGAGGGCGAGGUGCAGACGCUGUCGGGCAGGAUGAACCCGCCGGCCACCGGCAAGCACCCGGAGCGUGCGGCUGCACUCCACAAGGCGCCGAGUCUCGGCCGGGCCCGGGUGGCGGCCGCCGGCAUCCUCAGCGUGGGCAACGUGCUCAACUACCUGGACCGGUACACGGUGGCAGGUGUGUUACUAGACAUCCAGCAGCACUUUGGAGUCAAAGACAGUGGGGCUGGCUUGUUGCAAACAGUUUUCAUCUGCAGUUUCAUGGUUGCAGCCCCUAUCUUUGGCUACCUUGGGGACCGUUUCAACAGGAAGGUCAUUCUCAGCUGUGGCAUUUUCUUCUGGUCAGCUGUCACUUUUUCAAGCUCCUUCAUUACUGAGCAGUAUUUCUGGCUUCUUGUGCUGUCCCGAGGCUUGGUUGGCAUCGGUGAAGCAAGUUACUCCACUAUUGCACCCACCAUCAUAGGAGACCUGUUCACCAAAAACACACGGACCCUUAUGCUGUCUGUUUUCUACUUUGCAAUUCCCCUUGGCAGUGGCUUGGGGUACAUCACUGGGUCAAGUGUGAAGCAGGUUGCUGGCGACUGGCACUGGGCAUUGCGGGUAUCUCCACUCCUGGGAAUGAUAACAGGGACACUCAUCUUGAUAUUUGUACCUGCUGCUAAAAGAGGAAAUGUUGAACAGCUUGGAGGACAGCUGAAGGCUCGGAGCUCAUGGCUGAGAGACAUGAAAGCUCUGAUUAGAAACCGCAGCUACGUGUUCUCCUCACUGGCCACCUCAGCUGUGUCCUUUGCCACAGGGGCACUUGGCAUGUGGAUCCCUCUCUACCUUCACAGAGCACAGGUGGUGCAGAAGACAGCAGAGACCUGCAGCUCACAGCCCUGUGGCACCAAAGAUAGCUUGAUCUUCGGAGCAAUCACAUGCUUCACUGGUUUCCUGGGUGUAAUCACAGGGGCAGGGGCAACCAAAUGGUGCCGGUUAAAAACCCAGCGAGCUGAUCCUCUUGUCUGUGCUGUUGGCAUGCUAGGAUCAGCCAUCUUCAUCUGUCUGAUCUUCGUGGCUGCCAAGAGCAGCAUUGUGGGAGCCUAUAUUUGCAUUUUUAUUGGAGAAACUCUUCUGUUUUCAAACUGGGCUAUCACAGCAGACAUACUAAUGUAUGUGGUCAUUCCAACACGCCGUGCAACCGCAGUGGCCUUGCAGAGUUUCACUUCACACCUCCUGGGAGAUGCUGGCAGUCCUUAUCUGAUUGGAUUUAUCUCAGACCUGAUCCGACAAAGCACAAAGGAGUCCCCAGUCUGGGAGUUCCUCAGCUUGGGGUAUGCACUCAUGCUCUGCCCCUUUGUCGUUGUCCUGGGAGGGAUGUUCUUCCUGGCCACAGCCCUCUUCUUCCUAAGUGACCGAGCCAAAGCUGAACAACACUAUUUUUUAGGGAGGAGAUGGAGGCAUGUAGCAGCUUGUUCAGCAUCCUGGGAGAACUCUGUUGUAGAGUGGGGAACUGAAGCCAUCUCCCUCCAACUGCAGGGUGAAUCAACUUGUGAUGCCACCAGCCUCUGUGAAAGUGUGAGACGUUGCCAGUGAAGGAAAUGCCAUGUGGACUCCUGCUCCCACCACCACACCAACCUUGAGCGCAAAGCCCUUCCAUACUGGAAACCAGUGGAUCCCUCAGCUCCACACCACCCUGGAAGGGUUCUCCAGCACCAAAUCAAUCCCACCACUGCAGCCUGCAGGGUCAGGCAUCAGGACGUGAGCAGGGCAACCUGGAACACAAGAACUCCUUGAGCAUAAGGACGUUCACAGGUUCCUCUGAGCACCAAAAGCAACUGGACCCCAAAUGUGUUAUCCAAGUGAGUGACUGUAGAUUGUGUAUAUGGUUUUAGUUGUAGCCAACAAAGUCCACAUUGUUUAUAGGGCAACUUACGUCCUACUGAAUGCUGCUGUUGUGUCAGCACCCAGAGACUGCACUAGUUGGGGACCUAUUCUGUACAUCACCUAUUCUUGAACACUGAAGGCUCAAUUCAGAUUAUUAUUUUUUAUUUAAAUGUCAUAAGAUGCUUUAUCUCUGCUGAAGACAUUAGAUGACAGAUAUAUAUAUAUAUAUUUAGAUAAACAGUUUUUAUUUAAGCAUUGAAAAUCUGGUGCUGCCUGUGCAACCAUACCAGACAUGAAUAACGUCCACAACUCUCCUCAUCUCAGUGCCCUGGGAUAAGGCCCUGCAAGGGCAUCACAGGAAGAUUUCCAGUGGGUGACUUACCUGGCACCUAAGGCUAAGCAAGGGGAUAGAGGAGAGAGUUUCACUGCACUGGGUGUGCUGGUGGUUGUUACAGAAAGGCCCAGAACUUUGGACUGAAACACACAGGGGGGCUCUAGAGUUUGCUUAAUAUGCUAAAUUCAGCCUCACCCAAGGACGUUCACAGGUUCUUAAAGUACCAAAAUCCACCUGGCUGAAUUGCUUUAUCUAGGGCCUGGUAGUGCAAUACUGCUGUGCCAGUGACAUCCUGCUUCGUUUACAUGCAUAUCAUACUACAUGUAUUGUUCAUGCUAAUACUCUACCACAAACAGUGCUUAGGCUGAAUGCAUGCCCAACCCCAGGCACAGUCCAGGCUACUCUUACUGCAGGGUCACUUUUAUCCUUACAAAGAUGCAGUUGAGAUCUUUAGUAGACAAGGUCAGUGUAUGAAGUGUGUGAGCCUCAAAUGCAGAAGUGUGUAUCUGUAUGUCAAAGUGCCAUUUCACUGCAGCCUUGUUUCCUGCAUUUGGCCUCUACAAGCCAAAUUUAUGCUGUGUCAGGCUGAUGCUGGGAAAGGCAGGUGAGCACAGGCCCUGGAGCAGGAGUCAGGCUUCCAGAGAAAGGGCAUUGAUUCAGGAAACUUCCCACUCCCUUUGUUCUGUUUAGAUGUCUCCCAAAGGUUAGGUACUCCCUACACAGCUCGAGUAGGUAGUAGAUAAAUCAGCAAAGGAAAUGCCAGACUCGUGGAUAUGAGUUCAGGCUGGAAGCUUGUUCAGAGACACAGGAAGGUACUGUCAGUACAUCUGGGGUUUAUCUCCCACUCACUUCCAGGAUGUGCUAGGUCCUGUAGUACAGCACUGUAGUAGAGAUGAUUGGUAACUCCAGGUAUCACCAAACUGGUUAAUGCUCACCACAGAGCCAGCUGCUGCCCAGAUGGGUCCUGGGGGUGACUCCUGUAACAACGUGAGCCCUUCCUCCUCCUCAGACUCCAAUGGACUCUUCUGCAAAGGAUGCUCUGUCAGCUCAAAUACCUGAACAAGAGCUUUAGGAUUUGGCUCAACAACCAGAGCCAGACAUUUUCCUCGAGUGCCUGGGCACCCUCUGGAGAACAGCAAGCGGGUGCUAGAAAUAAUAAAGCAAAGCCAAUCCACAACAAUGCUUCAUUUCCCACCUCAUGCCAGUAUUUACAUUCCUAGGGGAAACACUCUGCAGUCUGGGAGCCAAACUCUUGGCUUUAAAGGCACACAAAGUUCUUAUUCCCAUUAAGAAAUUCUUUGUUAAGCCGUUUAAAAAGAAACAAAAAGCAGCCCAACAAUCAGUCAUUUCAUCUCAGAGACCAAAGACGAUAAGCCCCAUUUCCUACAUUGCUUUUCCGAUGGGCUCUCUCCAUUGUAGCCUUUACUGUCAACAAAAUGGAGCAUUCCUGCUAAAGUUCAGAGCUUAGGAAUUGCCUUUAACCUUAAUUCUCAGGCAUCAACAAUGGAAAGGGAACUGAAGUGCUGUGUACUUUCACUAGCUUGCUUUGUUGGAAACAAGCCCCAGCCCUCAUCAGAGGCACAGGCUGUGACUGGAGGCUGCCUUCAGCUCCUGUGCAUAUGAAGGAAAUUGCUGUGGCUUUGUUUCUACCAAGGGAAGAGUGAAGGGAGCAAGCCAGGGAGUGAGAAGUGAGUCCUACCUGAGCAGUCCCACACCAAGGGAUCCCUGAAUCCCAUGUGUUCCAGGCUGAGGGAAGCCACAGCAGCAGCUAUGACAGCUCAGAGAGGAUUAACAGAAUGGAAACUUGGCCUUUCCACCUCCUGCGGAUGCUGCUGCUCCUUUACACUUUGAUGACCACAUCUGAAUGGCCAGGAGCUGCAAGGCUGCAUUUCUUGGUUUAGCUGUGAAGGAUUGUUCAGUUAGUGCUUCUAUAAAGGUAUUCGGUCUGUUAGAGGGAAACCAGUUCACUUAGAUCAGGGGUCUACACUAUACCUGUAUUGUAUUAUAGCGGUGCCAAACUCUGGACUUAGCAAGCAAUGCUGUGCUGGUUUCCCCUGUGACUCCAUGUUUAGGCAGGUACUGAUGUAACCAGGCUUGGAAGCUGCUGGGGCCAUUUGGUUGUUGACCCUCUGGAGCAGUAGAACAGUUUCUGUUAGAGACACAGGAAAUACUUCUGGAGUGAGAAGUCUGGACUGAAUUUCUAUUUCUUAUAUCCACACUAAAUAAGAACCCCCAUUAAAAUCAGCAUUUCUGGGUUUAUAAAGAAAGGCUGUUAAUAGGAAAAGAGAGUAAGUUUUUAAUAAAGAAUCCACAUAUUUUAGUAUCCAUUACACUGAAUGGGGCAGGAUUCCAGCCUGUCACUUAAAUAAGCCAUCGUUCAGGUCAUCAAGGUUAUGUUUGUGGUUCUAAACUUCAACACAAAAUAGUCCCAAUAAGGACAUAAAUACCUUUAAAACCACUGCUCCCUGGCACACAGAAUCACUUUGUGUAUCUGGAAAUCAGAGUACACAAACAGGAGCCCCUGAAUUCAUUUGCAAACAUAUGGAAGAACACUACCAAGAGAGGCACUGCUCGUGCCCUCCCCUCCCAGCACACAGGCAUCUCCUCAGCACAGGAGCCCAAGCAAGGGGAAAAGUGUCCAGGGUUUGCCUGUCACUGCUGGGUCCUGACCCUGCUCUGUGCCUCCUCCACACCUCUGCCCAAGGCUGACUGUGUCCCAUGGCUCUCCACAAGCACAGGCUCCUUCCAGUCUCCCUGUGCUCUAUGGGACUGACAAUGUCAGAAGCAGCCUUCCUGCAUCUAUCAGGACCAUGCAGGGUGGCCAGAGUGCACCAGGGAGGGUCCAGGUGCCCCUCAGAUCAUCAUGAGGCCUUUCUCAUUCCACUCCACUCCAUAAAGGUAUCCCUUUAAACAAGCAUUAAGUCCCUCCACAGCUCAUACUGCAUCUGCACCAUGCACCCACUACAGAAGCAAUUAGGUGGCUUGUACACAGCAAGAGAAACAGAGGUAAUGGGAACUGCACAGAGAGGCAAGAAAAUGACCCCAAAACCAUCAAGCUGCCAACCCAAAUAACAGCAGUGGGAGGCUCCUGCUGCCAUCAUCAGAGCAGAACCUGGGUGAGCCCCAGAGCCUUUCCCCUUUUACAGACCAGCCAGGAGAGAGCCUCAGGGUGACAACUACACCCUGGAAAUGAAUGGCUGCAUUCUGACAACACAGUUCCUCUCUGCACCCUCUGUCCUAAUUGUGUUCUCUGUUUGCUUUAUUGUUUGGUAACCAGCACUUAAAAUCACUUUUACUACGUGAUGUACAGGAGUAUUAGUUUAUUUUCUUGUUAUACAAGGGAGGAGUAUAAAAUAGUUUUCUGAUUUCUUUCAGAAGCAAAUGACUAUUUUAUUUUUUAAGAGCAACUGAUUGUGAAUCUCAGAGUAUAAAAAAAAAUAAAAGAUAAAUAAGCCAAAUAUAUACCUUUAUGUAAAUUAAGAAAUAAAAGUAUUUAAAACAUA